AUGUUGUACGAAGAGCAACCUCAAUUGACGACGCCGGCGACGGCGGCAGCGGCGGCGAUGAGGAUGGAUAAGAAUAAGAAGAAGAAUAGAUUAGAGGGGAAAAGGGGAGGAGGAGGAGGAGGAGUGUUGGAGGAAGAAACGCUUCAGAUGGUGGAUUUGAGUGGGAUGUCUUUGGACACUUUGCCUAAUCCUUCUAUUAAUCUUGGUGUCAUCUGUAGAUUAGAUCUUUCCAAUAACAAUCUCCAGAGCAUACCAGAGUCUUUGACAGCAAGAUUGCUAAACGUGGUGGCUUUAGAUGUUCACUCAAAUCAGCUCAAAUCUCUUCCAAACUCAAUUGGUUGUUUGUCAAAGCUCAAGACGUUGAACGUUUCUGGAAAUCUCAUCCAAUCUCUCCCCAAAACUAUUGAAAAUUGCAGGUCACUUGAAGAACUGAAUGCAAAUUUCAAUAAGAUCAGUCAUCUGCCAGACACCAUAGGUUUCGAACUAAUUAACCUUAAAAAGCUUUCCGUCAAUUCCAACAAGUUAAUGUUCCUCCCUCACUCCACUUCCCAUUUAACCAACCUCCGAGUUCUUGAUGCCAGACUAAACUGCCUUAGAUCACUCCCACAAGAUCUGGAAAACCUAAUCAGCCUUGAAAUCCUAAGCGUCAGCCAGAACUUUCAAUACCUCGAAACCUUGCCGUAUUCCAUAGGCCUCCUCUUCUCCCUCGUUGAAUUAGACGUGAGUUACAACAAGAUCACGGCAUUGCCAGAGUCGAUCGGGUGCCUGAAGAAGCUUCAGAAGCUUAGUGUCGAAGGGAAUCCGCUCGUUUCGCCUCCUGUCGAGAUCAUGGAGCAAGGGUUACAUGUGGUGAAACACUAUUUGUGUGAGAAGAUUAAUGGGAAACACACCAUUUCACCAAAGAAGAGCUCAUGGUUUGGGAAAUUUGCUAGGUGUAGCACUUUCAAUGGUGCAAAUAUUCCAAGGGAUGAUAGAGAUGAAUAUGACAUUUCCAAUGAGAGAUCAUCAUUUGAUGGCAUUUCUUCCCCUAGAUCAUUGGGCAUGUUUUCUCCAAGGAGGCUCUUAUCACCAAAAUCCUACUUCUCAAGAAGGCACCAACGAAGUGAACCCGUUUUUGAUCCAGAAAUUGAAGCUACUAUGCGUAGAGCCAGAGCAGCAAAAAGAAGGCAAGAUCGGUUGCAACAGAACCGCGAAGAAGGUUCAUCAGAAAUGGCUAACCAAGGUGGUAACCCGGAGAACAAUAGGAACCCUGGUGGAGAUCAACAAAAUUGA